AUGCAAUUGUUUCCCCUUCUAUCGUUAGCGUUAUCUUUGACCUAUUCUCAGACUGUUUUCGGCUCGUCCUCAAACUCUUAUGUCAAGUUACCGGUACAAAAGUUAGCAAAUAUUCCGGAUAUGGACUCGCAAGGUGCGUCUGAUAUUUUUAAGAGAGAUGAAGUGUUCAAUUCGACCUUGGUGAAUGCCUUAGGAAUGUAUGUCGUCAAAUUGGAAAUCGGAACCCCUCCUCAAACCGUGUACCUUCAGGUGGAUACUGGCUCUUCAGAUAUGUAUGUUAAUGAUGCCGAUAAUGCCUAUUGCGAAUUAAUGUCUUAUGGAUCAGACUACGCUUCAACUGAUAACUACGAGCUCACCGCAACAUUCACUGAGCUUCCCUCUAGCACCAUCUCAUCAGAAGCUUAUACCACUCUUUGUUCCUACUGGGGUGCAUUCAGUGCCAGCAACUCCUCUACUUUCAAGUACAAUGACACUCACUUUGAUGAAACUUAUGGCGAUGGUACGUAUUAUAAAGGAACGUAUGGAACAGAUGUUGUCUCCUUAGGAAACAUUACAUUAGAAAGUUUUUCCUUUGGGGUAGCCAACAGUACAGAGAACCAAGCUGGGAUUCUGGGCAUAUCGCUUCCUGUCGGAGAAAAUACAGAUUCGCUUGAAAAUGCCUAUAAUAUAACCCCUUUUGAAUAUAAAAACUUUCCUAUGGCAUUGAAAAGUCACGGGAAGAUUGAGAAGACAGCAUAUUCCUUGUUUUUGAAUGAACCUGACGCACACUUUGGAAGCAUCUUAUUUGGUGCCGUCGAUAAAAGUAAAUACUCAGGGCAGCUUUACACUGUGCCUAUGCUACAGGCCUUCAAUACAAUCGAUUCACUGAAUCCAGGGAUGUUUGUUACAGCGCAGGGCGUUGCGAUUGUAGAUAGCGACUCCAAAAACAAAACUGCUUCAGAGGUUCAAUUCCCUGUAUUGUUUGAUUCUGGUACAACCUAUUCUACUCUACCUACUGGAAUUGCAGAUGCGAUUGGCAAGAUUUUUGGCGGAAAGUACAGCUCUGUUGACCAAGGCUACAUAGUUGACUGCUCGAAAGUCAACAAUACUCAACUGUCUUUUGAUUUUGGAGGAUUCAAUAUCUCUGCAAACAUAUCUAAUUUCGUGACACCAGCCAAGGAUCGUUGCCUGUUGAAUAUUGAAGCCACUGACUCGGGAUUCGUGUUAGGAGAUGCUUUUCUUGUCGACGCAUACGUUGUGUACGAUUUAGAAAACCGCGAAGUUUCUAUUGCCCAGGCCAGCUUCAACGAUCAGGAAGAGGAUAUUAAAAUUAUUUCUGACGGCGUCCCGGGUGCCACGACUGCUCCUGGAUACUACAGUACAUGGGUGUAUACACCUGGCAGUCCCAUCGGAACAGGGGACUUCUAUAACAUCAGUUGGACGUCCUAUUCAGAGAAUUCUGAAUACCAAACGUUAAUUGCCACCGCAAUUCCAAGUAGCAGUAGCAGUAGUAGCAGUAGUAGCAGCAGUUCAGAUGAAACAACUACAAAAAACCGGAACUCCGGAGACAGCCUCUACCAAUCAUCCUUAUUUUUUUCGCUGAUAUCUUUUUUUCUAUCGCACAUUUUUUUGUGA